CGCAAUUUAAUGAAGUCCACAUUACCUUUGACUUUGAAUAAAGUUUAUAACUACGUAUUUCUUUGUAAUCAAAUCAAAUAAUAAAAAAAAUCUAUCAAUGUGAAAAUAGGAACAAAUCGUGAUUAGAAAUAAGAAGAAGAUAUGUUUUCAGCCACCAUAACAAAUACGGCAUAAAUUGUGGUGCCUCCACAUGUUUUUAAUAAUUAUAAAGCAUUAUUAAUGAAAUACUAUGUCUAGUUUCAGAUAUUUGAUGCAUAUAGCAUAUAUGGGAAAGCCUUUCAGGGGCUCUCAAAGACAAAUAAAAGCACUAUCACCUAGACCUGACGACCCUUUAACGGUGCAAGGUAGGCUAGAAAUGGGCUUAAAACGGCUAAAUCCUAUAAAUGACCCUAUAGUAGAGAUGUCUUCCAGGACGGACACUGGGGUUAAUGCAUUAAAUAGUAUCUGUCACGUAGAUCUUACUAGAAGGAAUGACACCCCCUAUCACCCCAAUAGUAUAACUUUGUGUCUAAACAAAUACUUUAAUAAAGAUGAGGUUCCGAUCAGAAUACUUAAAACUUAUAAUGUUCCUGAGAGUUUUCACUGCCGACAAAAUGCUUUGUCUAGAACCUACCUUUAUAGAUUAAUGAUAGCUCCUACUGAAAAUCUACAUGCAGCUCCAAGUAUAAAUUAUAUACCAAUUGAAGAAUGGGAUAGGUGCUUGUUUUAUUGUACAAAUACAUUUGAUAUUGAGAGAAUGAAAGAAGGCGCCAAAUUAUUGGAAGGCUAUCAUGAUUUUAGAAGUUUUAUGGGAAAAAUUACACAACAGGAAUAUAAGUUGACUCGAAGAGUGUUAGAAUACAUACAUAUUAACCAUACAGGUAGACCCGGAUACAGUCCUUACAGUUGGCCUGAUUUUACACAUACUUCUCAGAAUGAUUAUAUAUUUUUGGACGUUUAUAUUAAAUCUAAAGGAUUUUUAUACCGACAGGUACGAAGGACUGUGGCUGCGUUGAUAGCAUUAGCACAAGGUAAAAUUUCGCUUAGCGACAUAAAGUUAAUGCUAGAGGUUCCUUCACGGCAUUCUUGGUGUCCACAAAUAAAAACAUUGCCGGCGCACGGACUAUAUCUUUGCGAAGUGGAAUACUCGAAGGGAGACCUGGACACUUUUAGAGCAGAGCUGGAUUUGGAUAAAAAGGUUGUAGUUUAAGUAUGGUAGGGUCUAGGGUUUAUGUAGGUGGUCUGCCCUAUGGUGCCUCGGAGCGGGACCUGGAGCGAUUCUUUCGAGGAUACGGCCGUAUGAGAGAUGUUUUAAUUAAAAAUGGAUAUGGGUUUGUUGAGUUUGACGAUUAUAGAGAUGCUGAUGAUGCUGUAUAUGAAUUAAAUGGUAAAAAACUUUUAGGGGAGCGAGUUACAGUUGAGAGGGCAAGAGGCACUCCUAGAGGUCGAGACCAGUAUGCAUCAGGUGGCAGCAGAAGCAGUAGAAAUAAUGACGAUCGUCGCUCCUCAAAUAAUGACAGAUAUGGACCCCCUACCCGCACUAACUACAGGGUGCUCGUGGAAAACCUUUCCUCCCGCAUCAGUUGGCAAGAUUUAAAGGAUUACAUGCGACAAGCUGGGGAAGUUACCUACGCAGAUGCCCAUAAACAACAUCGCAAUGAAGGAGUGGUCGAGUUUGCUUCAUAUUCUGAUAUGAAAAAUGCUAUAGAAAAGCUAGA